AUGCUUUUUCGGUUGUUGAUUCUUUGGCUAGCCAUCUACCAUAGCGAGGCGUUUAGGAUUUUUCCUAAACAGAUCUCGCAUGGACAGAGACAUGUCAAAGGGUCUUAUCGAUACAUGGUCGAUAGUAGAGUAUGCGAAACGACACCCGGCGUCAAAAGUUAUUCUGGGUACAUUGAUACCGGCAACAACCAGUCAAUGUUCUUUUGGUUUUUUGAAGCACGAAACAACCCCAAAACGGCACCAUUAGGCUUGUGGUUAAAUGGAGGGCCUGGUUGCAGUAGCUUAUUUGGGGCCUUGCAAGAGAACGGCCCUUGUCGUAUUAAUGCUGAAUCCACUCAGUCAAGCUUGAAUCCUUAUUCCUGGAACACUUACGCUAAUAUGCUUUACAUUGACCAGCCAAUCGCCACUGGUUUUUCGUAUGGCGACCGGAACGUAUUUAGCUCAGAUCAAGCAGCGGCCCGCGUCUGGGAGUUUUUCCAAACUUUUUUUUCCAUUCCCACGUUUUCCCAAUACGCGAGCCGGGAGAUGACUUUUUGGUCCGAAAGCUAUGGGGGACACUACGGUCCAAAAUUUACAGAAUAUUUCCGGGCCCAGAAUGCGCUGAUUAAAGCCAAGAAACUGCAAGCACAUACUAUACAAGUAACAUCUCUGGGAAUUAACAACGGCUGGUUUGAUCCCUACUACCAAUCCUACUACGACUACGCCCAAAAACAAUUCAACCACGUGCUUGAUAUGGCAAAUGCGGCGACUCUGGCCGUCGUCAAAACGGCUCUCAAUCACAAGAAUGGAUGUCUUGUUCAGUUAAAGAAUUGUGCCAAUAACGGCAGCAACGACGUUUGCCAAGACACCGACAAUUUCUGUGCGCAAUACGUAUCGGCCCCGCUGCUUGGAAACAGAAGUACUUACUACUUCCCCAACAGCAAAAACGAUACUUUCCCUUCCCUAUCGUUUUUGAAAUAUUUGGAUCGUAGCGACGUUAAGCGGGCAAUUGGCGCCGAAACCCAGUUUUCGGCCUGUCAAGACAAUAUCGGUGAUGAUUUCUGGACUACUGCGGACGCUGUCAGGCCCACGAUUUCUUCUUUGGGUAGAUUACUUGACUCAGGGCUUCGCACAGUUAUCUGGGCUGGAGAUAAAGACUUUAUUUGCAACUCGUUGGGAGUCUAUCGAUCUCUCUUGGCUACAAAAUGGAAGUAUUCCAAACAGUUCGCCAAGGCUCCGUGGAAGAACCUUACCGUCCAUGGCAAAGUAGGAGGCGUCUACAAAACUACAGGUGACUUUGUUUCUGAGCCCCAAUAUUUUCACUCGAAUCCAAGCGACGGAUCACAUGGAUCUAAGUGUACUGCCCUUCCCUAG